AUGGAGGAACGUCAUAAUAAAUCAGAUAUACAAACUCUUAGAGGGGAUAUUCAACGUCUUGAAGCCGAGUUGGAACGUCAGAAGAAAGAAAUUGUUGACAAGAAGACGAAAAUUCAACUUCUGAGAGAAGAACUGGAACGUCAGGGAAAAUCAAUAGAUGAUCUUAAUGGGCGAUUGAAUAAUCAAUCUCUUCGAGACGAACAGGAUCGACAGGGAAAGCUGAUAGAUAGACUUGUAAAAACAUCAAAUUUACGCAAUUGUGCAGAGGCCAACUCCAGUGGAAUCUACGAUAUAGUCGUACCCAACUUUAGUUUCGGAGUACUGGGUGCUGAAUUCUUCUUGGGAUUAGACAAAAUACACGCACUGACGGCCGAAAGGAGUCAGGAGUUGCUAGUACUUUUGGAGGAUUUUGAAGGAGAAGAAAGGUUUGAGUUGUAUGACAGAUUUGCAAUCGGCGAUGAGGAUGAACAAUAUAUCUUACACACUUUGGGCAAAGCGACUGGAACUGCUGGAGACUCACUUUCAGAACAUCGGGGCAUGAAAUUUACAACCUAUGAUCGCGAUAAUGAUAAUUCGACAGGUGGAAACUGUGCCAUAUAUAGCACAGGCGCCUGGUGGUACAAUAAUUGUCACAAAAGCAACUUAGCGGGCAAAUAUAAAGACAACUCAUGGGCCGUGGGCAUUAAUUGGUCUACUUAUAAGGGUUUUCUGUACUCCCUCAAAAGAGCCGUAAUGAUGAUACGGCCGAGAAACUGAACAC